AAUCCUUUUUUUACUUUGUGUCAGAUGUGAGAGAGACAGGUGAUAUUGUACAGCAGCAUGCAAAUAUGUAGGUGUGUUGGGGCCUUUCCUUGCAGAUUGUGAACUUAUGGAGCUCACUAUGAACAUGAUCCUUUUCCUUGUUCUUUCUAUUGCACCAUUUCCAAGCAUAGGGUUGAGGUGCCACUGUGGAUAUUGUGGCAAGGAGAACUAUACAUGUGAGACCAAUGGGGGCAUGUGCGUUGCAUCGGCCAACUGGAACCUUGAGACCAAUGUGGUUUCUCGAUAUUACUGGUGCUUGGAAAAGGAGCAUGUGGAACCACCAGGCAAUCCCCUUGCUUGUCUAGUGUCCAAGGAAAACAGUCAUCACAUGAAGAUCCAGUGCUGUGCCCACACGGACAUGUGCAAUGAGAAUCUCUUAAAAGAUUGGCCAAGUGAAGAUCAGCUGGCAGAGGGGAAGAGAAUCAAGGCUGAUAAGAAUACAGAGCAUCUUCUCCUUGGCUUGUGGAUUGGAAUCCCAUUGGCUGUCCUCCUUGUCUGCAUUGUCAGCCUUGCCACCUUCUGCAUCUUGAGGCAUCGAGUGAGACGACAGGAAGAAAAAGGCAAUACUGGGAAGAUUGGCGAGGGGAGGGUUGUGUCCCCCCGCACCUGGCGACCUCCCAAGCCCUGCUAUGUAUCCUUGGACAGUGGGAAGGAGAAUGCAGAAGAUCGCCCAUUCCUACCUCAUCACCACUGUGACCACCACUCAGAUAGCCUGCGGGACACAGUGCUGGAUGUCACUUCCUCGUCCUCUGGUUCCGGCCUCCCGAUCCUGGUGCAACGGAGCAUCUCUAGGCAAAUCCAACUGGUGGAGAUCGCUGGUACCGGCCGGUUUGGUGAGGUGUGGCGGGGACAGUGGCGGGGUGAGAAUGUUGCUGUCAAGAUCUUCUCCUCACGGGAGGAGCAGAGUUGGGCACGGGAGGUGCAGAUCUACCAGACAGCAAUGCUGCGGCAUGAGAACAUCCUUGGCUUCAUUGCUGCCGAUAACAAAGACAAUGGGACAUGGACACAGCUGUGGCUGAUCACAGACUACCAUGCCCAUGGGUCCCUUUUUGACUUCCUGAGUGGACAUACAGUUUCCCCUGCUGAUAUGCUUCGGAUGUCCUGGUCCAUUGCCACUGGCCUAGCUCACCUUCACAUGGAGAUCAUCGGCACACAAGGGAAGCCUGCCAUAGCCCAUCGUGAUCUGAAGAGCAAGAACAUUCUUGUAAAGGAGAAUGGAGUGUGUGCUAUCGCAGACCUUGGCAUGGCAGUGCGCCAUGACACCUCCACUGACACCGUUGACAUUGCCCCCAACCAUCGUGUUGGCACCAAGCGAUACAUGGCUCCUGAGGUCCUGGAUGAAUCCAUGAACAUGGACCACUUUGAGAGCUUCAAGCGAGCUGAUAUAUACUCACUUGGCUUGGUGUACUGGGAAUUAGCAAGAAGAUGCAUUGUUAAGGGAGAGGUGGAAGAGUAUGAGUUGCCAUACUAUGAUCUGGUCCCAUGUGACCCAACAGUGGAAGAAAUGAGGCAGGUGGUCUGCCUUGCAGGGCUUCGCCCCUCUAUACCCCCACGCUGGAAUCUCUCCCCUGUGCUUCAGGGGUUUGCAAAAGUGAUGCAAGAGUGCUGGUAUCCCAAUGCAGGAGCCCGUCUCACUGCCCUUCGGGUAAAGAAGACACUCUCACAGAUGUCUCAGGACUGAUUCUUUUGUUUGUUUUUUUGUUGUGUUUUUGUACAAAGUCUUCAUACCAUCAUCUCAGUGGAUGUGGGAAGCUUUCUCACUCUCAGAAAAGUAUGGAAGUACUCAUUCUCUUCAUGACUGGUUCCUCUUGUUAGUUGGAAUCUGGAGUCAUACUGUGUGUGAGUCGAAGAGGUCAUUUGUAUUUUCUGUCAGCUUUCUCUUGUGCUGAUAAUUCCUAGAUGGACUUGCUGAAGCCUUGUAUAUUAACUGGAGAGACCUGAUUUCAAGACAAAAAUGCUUCAAUGGCCGUAUGUGUAUGCUGCCAAGCAGAGUUCCAUAUUUGAAGUGAAUGGAGGCAAGAGACUGAAAAUUUAUUCAAAAUUUUGCAGGCAUUCCUAUCAGGAAUGCUGGGAGGUUGGUUUAUAUUGUGCUGCACUGCUUUUUAUAUAUAAACAUUUUUUUAAAAUGUUGGGUGACUUUUUGGAUGCCCUAUAAAUCUAGAAUGCUAUAUAUGAAAGUAUUUCUGCUCAAUUCUUUUUUUUUUUUGAGAUGGAGCACCCUCAUUUUGUUUCUGGGAUUUGUUUGUGCUGGUCACAAGACAGUGUUUUGAAGGAAGAAAGAGGCACCCGGUGAUGUGAAUAGUAUUGUUUGGAUUGGUAAUGUUUUGGCCUGCUGUUCUCAAUUAUACAAAAUGCAUCUGGAAGCAGUGCACAUCAAUGGGACUUGUGAAAUUGUGCUCACUGGACAGUAUUACUUUUCUGGAUUGCCAAACAUCUCCAGUCAUUCCUGCAGCUUUGCUACUGGACCUACCCGAGUGACAACACAAUCAUUUGUGGAUAUGUGCAUGGCUUGGUGCUGUUUGUGUUGACCAUAGGCUAAAAGGCGUUUUUUGUUUUGUAUUUGGAACUACUUUAUUUUGUGUGCCUGCCAUGAUGAACAAGAGACUCCUGGAACA